CGAGCAGUAGAGUGAAAGCUUGGUUAUUAUUGUUAGCCAAGGGAGGGAAUGCGGGGCAGGGGCGAGCACUCUGUCCGCCAGGGGAGCAGACUGUUGCACCUUGCUGUCAGGCGCUGCCAGUCCGCCAUGUGACGCCAGUCGCCGGAGCAGCGCUGGACCACUGCUGGCCUGCUGCACCAUCCCCGGUGCUGCUGCUGUCUGGGCGGACCGCUGCUACACCUGCCCGCGUGGCCGGCCGCCUGGAGACAGCUGUCUGUGGGCACCGGGUGGUCGGGGCACUUCACGGAUGCGUGAUGCAGGCCUGCCAGUCACCUCCUGACAUCAAAUCGGGCUGACCUUGCAGUGAAUGAAAGACUGGACCAUGCAAAGCACUGGGGCAGUGCUGUCAGCUGUCGACAGAUCAUAUGGAGUUACAUCCCCGGUGGACUUGUGAUCUUUUUCUGAAUUUUGUAAUCAGACUUGCAAGUAUAGGUUUCAGCGAAACAUGAAUAUUGCUGUUUGGUUCAUUCUGCGAUCCUGUUACUUUUACAGUUUAGCAAUAAAUUAUAAAAAGGUGGACACGAAAGGCAGAAGCAGAACAGCCCUCUGUUCACUGCCAGGGGGAGAGAUGUAAUACUCCGGUUGUCAUCUCUGGUCCAUGUCAAAAAGAGACUAACAACCUGUGGGGCAAGAUGAUGAGCUCCGUUCACAAGCGCAUCAACCCUGUGAUAUACAUGAACAAGUCUGAACACCGUUUGCGUUUAGAUGGAGGGCCAAGUCACGGUGGGGGCAGUUUAGGAGUCUGGCGAAUGGUGAACUUUACCCUCGGGACCAACGGCAGUGCGGAGGGCAAUGGAAGUGCGAGGGGCAACGUCUCGGACGAGAGCUACGUGGUGCCGAGACUGAGCGCCGAGAUCCAGGUGGUGCUGUACGCGCUGAUCUUCGUGCUGGCCGUGGUGGGAAACCUCCUCAUCAUCGUCACCCUCAUCCAGAACAAGCGCAUGCGCACAGUGACCAACGUCUUCCUGCUGAACCUGGCCGUGUCCGACAUGCUGCUCGCCGUCUUCUGCAUGCCCUUCACCCUCGUGCCAGUCCUCCUCCAGAACUUCAUCUUCGGCGCCGCCAUGUGCGUCAUCCUCAGGUACCUGCAAGCGGUCUCCGUGGGUGUCAGCUGCUUCACGCUGGUGGCCAUCUCCCUGGAGCGCUACUUCGCCAUCUGCCGACCUUUGCACUCGCGGUCCUGGCAGACGCUGUCGCACGCCUACAAGUCCAUCGCCGUGUGCUGGGUUCUGGCUGCCCUCCUCAUGACACCCGUGGCCGUCUUCCAGAAGCAUCUGCGCCUGUCCAACGAUGCGCAUGCGUGUCGCGAGACGUGGCCUGAGCCUCAGUCGGAGCGAGCCUACACCGUGCUGCUGGACGUCGUCCUCCUCGUGGCUCCGCUCCUCCUCAUGUCCCUGGCCUACCUCAGCGUCGUCCACGCUCUUAUCUACGAUGUCCGCUCCCCCAGCUGCGACUUCGGGGUGCCCGGGCCCAACGGUAAGACGGGCUUCCAGCCCACAGCCGUCAUCCCGAACUACCGCACCAUCGAGCUGCGGCUGCUGGGACGCGACUCCUGCCGCAGCAUCACCUCCGUCUCCUCCACAGAAGAGACAUGUCUGUCGCGCUCCGGGACCGUCAUGUCCGGCAUGGCUACGCCCCCCAGGCCCGCCCUCUCGCGGGCCAACACCUACGACACCGAGACCAUCACCGCCGCCAUCAACGCUGCCGCCGCGUCGCAGGCACCCCCACCUCCUCCACCACCCCCGCAUCGCCGCGGUCGUCACGCGCAGCGCAUUCGCCACAGCAACCCGCGGAAGAUUCGCGAGAACAAGAUGCGGGUCAUCCGCAUGCUCUUCGUCGUCGUCCUCGAGUUCUUUCUCUGCUGGACGCCCGUCUACGUCAUCCAGACGUGGAUGGUGUUCGACCAGGAGAGUGCCUACCGCUUCGUGACGCCGCUGACCAAGACGUUGUUCCAUUUACUGUCGUACGUGUCCUCGUGCUGCAACCCCAUCACCUACUGCUUCAUGAACAAGAAGUUCCGCGAGAGCUUCCUCCGCGUUUUCACCUGUCGCAAGCCUCCCCCGCCUCUCAAAGAGCGGCAGCGACAGCAGCUGAUGAUGCUGCACGAACCUCCGCGAGGGCCACGAUUCAACCCCACCGGAUCCCUCCACUCCACCAUGUCCGUGCGAGCGAAUUCUCUGCGGCAGUUUGACUUCGUCAAGAACAUCAACCCCAUCGAAGAGCAGUCAGACUGAUGAAUGAUGAGGUCUGAAAACUAGGUCGUCAGCGAGAUCUUGUCCGCGCGGAGUGUUUGUCGGAUACGAAAAUAGUCCGCAAGGAACAGUGUGAACAUGUGUGAUUCGCAAUCCACCUGGACCCAGAGAAGAUGACCUCAUGUUUGUUGAUCUGUUACAGUCAACUGCUGAGAAAUCAUCGUUACAUGCGUGAUAUAUAUCUAUAAAAACAGUAAUACAGUAGAACCUCAUUAUUACGGCCUUCCCUAUUGCGAUCCCGUCUUAGUUACGACCCAAAAUGUUUUCACGGACAUAUUUAUAAAUGCCAUCUCUGUUACGACUACCUCCCCCACCCGACUUACGACCGACAGUUUGUAUUCUAUGAUGACUUUUUAAAAACUCGCACGUUGAAUAAAAGUAAGUACAGUUAAAAAUAGACUGUUUGGGGGUCGACUGCAUUUUUUGCAGAAAUCACUUGAAAUAGAUGAAUUGAAUUUUUAAGAGAUUCUUUUUUCAUUGGAUUACCGGUCAUUUCAAUCCAAACCAUAUCGCCACAGUCGCAUCUACCACCCGCCUGAGUCGAAUCGAACCCCGUAGAAUCCAUCUCCGAUGACAGAGUACCUGUUAGCAUCCAUUAUUGCCAACAUAUGUUGUCCGAACAAGUUCAAGCACCAUCUUACACAGCAGAAAUAGCCACUUGGCUAUACACACUCAGAGAACAAAUCACACAAUUGGGGUAUACAGCGAUUUUCUCUUCAAUCAAGGGUUUUUUAAGCCUUAGUCAUCAUUAUUUGUGGUUUGGAUGUUUGUAUUAAAUGUGUAUGCAGAUGUUCAUUUAAAAUCACACAAUGGUGCAUAACGCGAUUUUCUCUUACAUCAUUGGGUUUUUAAAAGCUUUCAUUGUCAUGAUUCUUUGUUUGAAUGCUCUUAUAAAAUGUGUAUGCAGUCAUUCAGUUAAUCUGGAACAGGUGUCACUGCUCUGGCAUUUAAUUUGCUUGGCCCUGGGUUUCAAUGUUGGGAUGAUGUGGUCUUACGAAUUUUUGUAGAAGUUACUUGCUUACAAAGAAGACAACCCUUGUGACUGUGUUUUCUAACAACUUUUUGAAAAAUCCGUUCAAAAAUAUAAAUAGUACAUUUUAAGAACACUUUGUCUACCAAAGUACAUAUGUAUUCAUCGUUUGCUCUUACCUGGGGAGUUAGUUCCCUAUAAACCUUCAAGUGCAUUCACGUGCAAUAAUGGCAAAAUAAGC